AUGGAUCACUUCAGUGAGAUUUCGGUCUCGACGGAGGCGUCGCUGCAGAUCGUGAGGAGCCACUUUGAGCAGAUCGGUGGCCUUCAGUGGGUGAUGUUGUCCAAAGGCAUGUGCGACUUGGAGACCAGGCGCAUUCUGACCGCCAUGUUUAUCUCGCUGGUCCAAACGCUGUCCGCCAACGUCUUGGGACUGAUUGUUCCGAGAAGCGAAGUGAACCACAAGUUCUUGAGUGAGAGCGAGUCGACCCGAGCUCACGGAUCUAUCGUCACUGUGCUGCAGGACACCAUGGGGCAAGUGUUCUCUCAGGCUCUGAAUCUGUCCACGGACUCGUUGGACAAACACCAGGACUCGCAGGAGCUCACCACCCUGAUCGAGCAGGAAGUGGAGAAGGGAAUGAGUAAAAUCAUUGUCGCGAUUGUGAAAGACCUGAAAUCUCAGUACGGCACAGCACAGAGAAUGUUGGAAAGUGCUUUGGACGGAAAAGACCGGACUUUUGACGAGACGGUUUUGAAGUCCCUGCAGUACCACUUCGAGCACAACCUGCGGAAUAAAUCUUUUCUGAGCCGCGUGUCCAGAGGUCUCUGUAAGCUCGUCCAAUGCUGCUGCUGCCCCAACAUUGAAGAGAUAACACCCUCAGAACACCCCAAUGCUAGCUACAAGACCCCCAAUGCUAGCUACUAA